GUUAGUGCUGUGCCAGUUCACUGCAGAUCGGCGUUACGCCUGAGCAGCCCUGCAAUUGCUGAAAAAACAAGAAGCCAAACGACCCCGUCUGUUACACCAGCUGAUAAAAAACUUGGCCACCAAACUUUGUCCCAAACAGCUUGCUUAACCAAUGAGGUAACUCCCGUCCUCAAGGCUUUUGAAGACGAUGAUACUCCUGAUAGUGUCAAAUCUUGCAGCAUGGAGCCAGACUCGACAUUAAAUUCGGAGGAGAGUGACAACGAAGAUGAUGACGACCGUUGCUCGUCUUCCUCAACAACCUUGAGCAGCUUGCCGUCCCCUGAAAUCUUCAGAAAAGAAAGUGUGGAAACUACAAAUUAUUCUAACAAGAAUGAGUUGCGGAGCGUAAAUCUCACCAUUAAAAAUUCCACCUUGUUGGAAUCUAGUCAAGCUGAAAACAUCCACCUGCAUCACCCACCUGAUAUUUCUAUCAUCAUAGGAGAUGCUGCUAUGAAUCUUGCUAAAAAGAACGGUGAGAUUAGCCACCAGGAAAUCCCAGAAAAUAGGAGUAAAAUACAAACCAACUCAAUUGAAUCAGAACUUAUAAACCCUUCCCCCAAGAGGAAAACCCCACCAAAACUCACCAAGAAAAAGCUUAUUUCGUGUAAGAAGGUCUGGUUUAAAAGCCCCAUCACUGAGAUGUUCAAAUCCUACCACAUCCCACCCUCCCCAUCAGCCACUCAGAGCACCAGAGAGUCCCCUGGCCAAAUGAGACAUGAUCCAGUUGCAUCUGAAAUGGGUGAGAUCAGCUCACAAAGUGCAACGUUACCUGUGGCAAGAAGCUCAGCCAUGUUCUUUGACUUUGGCAGCGAUAAUGAACGAGAUGCCUUCUUUCAGGGGAUGAGAAAACGAUGUGCCAAUCUCAGAAGUUUUGUUGUCUUUCCUUCCAGACUUGACACACAAACCUUGUGACUGCUAGUUACAGCUGAGUGGUUCWUUUCAUAAAGAUGAAGUAUUAGUAACAGAUUCCAUCAGUGAGGUAGUUCUCACAGAAUUCACUGGAUAUUACUAAAACAGAUAGCAGAGAGAAUUUAACUGUACUUCUAACMAAGUGACAGUGUAAAGAAAAUAUUUAUUGUGGCUGUGCAUUUUUGUCCUAAUUCUCUAAUUUCCAUUGUUGGUUCACUUUGUCUAUUCAUGUUUAUUUUUACGUUGACACAACAGAUAUCUAUGACACAGUGAAAGAAUAUUUAUGGCAGGUGAAUGACAUUGUUGUCACAGUAAAUACAGAAUGAGGGUAUUUUCUAAACUGGGUGUCUGUCUCCUAUAAAAACCCAGGUACUUUGCACAUUUUGUGUGUUUUGUAUGUGUAUUUAACACCAAGUGCUUGUAGCAUUUCUCUGGACCUGCAUCGUUCAGUCUACUUUUACUUUUAUUCAAUGUGGGCGUUUCAAUCAGUAUUUGUUGCUCUCAUCAAAAGGAGCAUCACUUUAAUGACCACUAGGUGGCAUAUCUGUACAUGUUAAGACUCUGUAUCCAUGUCCUUACAGAAGUCUUGAAUUUUAUUCUAAAACAUUUGUAUAAACAUCUAAAAUAUUUGUAUUUUGUUUUUGUCAUGAA